AUGUCCCUCUCUGCCUCAGAUUCAUAUCUCCAUGCCUCCGCCCAUUCUCAGGAUCAACUCGAUGAGCUCCGCGAAUUAGAUUCUUUGCCUUCCUCUAUUGAUAGUUCCGAUUAUGCCUCUUCAGAUGAGGGAGAAGAAUCCGAUGCUCAGAAGGAAUGGGAAGCCAGUUUACAGCAGUUGGAAAUGAUGCUUACUAUGGUGAUUGUGCCAUGGGUUGGGAAAUACUUUGGAAGGAAAUUUGCUUAUUGGAGUUGGGCAAAAUAUAUGACAUGGAAGUAUCCAGUCACCGUCGAAAUAACCAGUAAACCAGCCUUUGAAGGAGCUGGAGCCGUGGAAGCUGCAGCCUCAUUAUGA